UUCAAGCAACUGUCAGAAAAUUGAAACAACAAUUUCAAGCAAGCCACCGUUUUCAAUAAAUAAAUAAUUCAUUAAACACCUAUGUGCUGUGCAAUAAACUGAAAUAUUGAGGUGUACUCCAUAUUGCAUGAUGGAUAUUAACGAAGGAACAACCACGGACGACCUAUGGACGCCUUACAAGGAGCUGGUGGCGGUAGUGGAAGGCUACUUGGCCCACGAGAGUGGUGGCGCGCCUUACGCGGUGCACACGUUUGAGUCCGUGUUGAGACGCCACAAGCAGACCUUUUUGUCACUUCUCAAAAAUCCGGCCAAGAGCCAGUCUAGCAGAGAAGAGAUCAAAAGGGGCAUCACAGAAGGAGUGAACCUGCCCAGCAUAGGCAGGACUCUGCUCUCCAAGGAGUUGGUGGACGAGGCUAUCAUUAUAUCAGAUAUGUACAACGUGAAUGAGUACCUAGCACUGGAGCUGCUUCACACUGCACAGAGGCAGGCGCCGCGCCACCCGGGACUGCCGCGCGGGCUGGUGGCCGUGCUGCUGUACUACGACGGCAAGCGCGCGCUCGUGCAGGCGCUCAAGGAGCUGUUCAUGGCGCGCGACGGCGUGUGCUGGCAGGCGCCGCGCGGGCUGGUGGCCGUGCUGCUGUACUACGACGGCAAGCGCGCGCUCGUGCAGGCGCUCAAGGAGCUGUUCAUGGCGCGCGACGGCGUGUGCUGGCAGGCGCCGCGCGGGCUGGUGGCCGUGCUGCUGUACUACGACGGCAAGCGCGCGCUCGUGCAGGCGCUCAAGGAGCUGUUCAUGGCGCGCGACGGCGUGUGCUGGUCAAUAAGCGCUCGCGAGGAGAUCGUCAGCUACGUGUCCCGAUACGUGGGCGGGCUGGUCGCGGGCGGCCAGCUGGAGGCGGCGCUUGACGCGCUGCAGCAGUGUUCGCUGGACGCCGAGCUGUCGCUGCUGCAGCGCAACCGCGCGCUGCCGCCGCCCAGACACCACGCGCGGCUUGUAGCCACCAUCGACGCUACUAGAAAACUGUUAGCGGGCGUGGUGUUCGCCGCGUCUGCACAACGCGGGCUUCACAGAGGACUCCUCAGACUGAUCACAGAGCAAACCACAUCGCCGUCGCUAGGACCAACAGGCGCAUUAGAUGAAGUGUCUCUUACACUACAAAUGGCUCUUCUCUACGCAUUGGAUUUAUCAGUAUUACACAGACGUGAAGAUGGCGAGGAGUUGGCAAAGAAGCUGCCGCUCAUCGAAGAUCCGGAGUUGAUCCCGAUCCUGCUGGAGCAGCUGUCGCCGCCUUCGCAGGGCGCGCAACCGGAGAACCCCGGCACCACUGCUGCUGGUGCGGGCUGCCGCGCACUAUGCCAGCUGUCUCUAGGGCUGGCACUGGCGGCGCUGAAGCGCGGGCCGCAGUCGCUGGCGCGCGCGCAGCUCAAGCUCGACCUGCUGGACCAGGACGAGGUGCUGGUGGACGCCGCCAUCGACGGGAAGGUGCCGGCGCUGAAGCGCGGGCCGCAGUCGCUGGCGCGCGCGCAGCUCAAGCUCGACCUGCUGGACCAGGACGAGGUGCUGGUGGACGCCGCCAUCGACGGGAAGGUAUUUGAGUAUCUGGACGAGGCAAUACUGUCGACGGACCUGGUGUGGAAGGACGAGUACUACCAGCGCCGCAUACACAUCCUCAUCACGGACUUCAUCGUGCUCAUGCACUCCAAGCUCAUGGAGAUGAGGGUCAAAGCGGACGAGGCGGCGCGCGCUGUUGCUAUGUACGCGGCAGAAGGUGUAAUGGCGCCGGCCGGGGCCUCGGGCCCGCGCACGCGCCUCGACGCGCUGCUUCGCUGCGUGGAGCGGCUCUACGCGCGCGACCCGCUCGGCCUGCGCCACGAGUACUGGGCCGCCGCUGCUGAUAGGCCGCCGCCGCACAGCCUAGAGGUCAUAUUUGAGCGGCGUGGUGUUGCUCAGUAUUAUACGGUUCACGCGCUGCUGCGCUGCGUGGAGCGGCUCUACGCGCGCGACCCGCUCGGCCUGCGACACGAGUACUGGGCCGCCGCUGCUGAUAGGCCGCCGCCGCACAGUAUGCGCACGCGCCUUUACGCGCGCGACCCGCUCGGCCUGCGCCACGAGUACUGGGCCGCCGCCGCCGACCGCCCGCCGCCGCACAGGUGGGAAUGA